UUUUUCCACUUGUCAAUUUUGUUUAUUUAGAGACUCGGUUUUGGGUAUUAUUUAAAAAUAUUAAUUUUAUUCAAAGAAAUCAAAAAUAAUCUUGAAGAAUGGCUAGUCAUUUAAAAGACGCAGCCAAGAAAUUUCUUCUGCUCGGUCAGUGUGUUCCUACUAUUAAACAGAAUGCCGCAAAAAUCCGUGUAAAGAGGUUAGAAUUAGAUGAAAAUUUAUUGAUGUAUUUCCGUAAGGACGAGUUCUAUUAUUGUUAUGAUCCAAACAAAAUAUGCAAGACAGGUGAUGUAGUUUUAAUUCAAUCUCUGCCCCACAAAAUGACUAAAUUGAUUACCCACGAGGUUAAAGAAGUCGUAUAUCCACUGGGGGAUGUAACAGAUCCGAUAACUGGAAAAAAAGUGGCAAAAGAAAGGUACAGAGAUGAUAUUGAAAAAGAAGCAGAACUAUAUGGAAAACUUGAGUCAAGUUUUGAUUAUAACAAAGCAAAACCAAGAGGAUGGCAGGAUGGAAAGAAAGAUUUUACAUCAAAACCCACAUAUACGAAAUUUAAUGUAUUUGAUAAGGAGGAUCCUUAUGCGCUAUAAAAUCCCUAGUUUAGUAAUGUAUUAAAUGUAAGUGUGUACAUAGUAAAUAGUUAUAGCAAAUUGGAAAAAUAAAAUAAUUAUAAAAUACA